AUGACACCCAAAGCGUUUAAACCGUAUGGUACCCCACCUCCUUUUGACUUUGAUGAAUACAAGGAUUCGUUCGAGCUAUGGCAGCGUCAAUGGAGCAUAUUCAUGGCACUGUCUACCAUCAACACCUCUCUCCCUCAAACAGAUCGGUCUUCGUACACAGCCAACAUCCUCCUCUCGUGUUUAUCAAAGCCUACACUGCGGGCCAUCUGCUCGAUGGGCCUAUCUGACAUUGAACUGGACGACCCAGACAUCAUCAUCAGUAAGCUUCGUGAACGCUGUAACGCAGGUAGAAAUUGCCAUGUAUGGCGUCAGCAGUUCGCACAUCGUACCCAACGCGAGAAAGAAUCGGCUGAUGGCUGGGUAACUGAACUUCGCGACCUCGCACAGAAAUGCGAAUUCGAUUCAGACUGCUGUGAUAAAUGUCAGGACACGCGACUGCUGGGCCAAAUCAUUUACGGCGUCCACAGCGACGACGUCCGGAAGAAGUUGUUGCAGAAAGGGGCCGCUUUAGAGCUCGACCAAGCCAUAACGAUCCUCCGCACCGCUGAAGCAACACAAUUACAAGCAGCUCACUUGCGGCAAAGCGAUUCACCAUCCAUCCAGCAGGUUAAAACCAAAUCGGGUAAUCCAAACUCCAAACUAGCGGCUCGUCCAUCUCAGCAGGCCAGUCAACGCUAUUCCCGGGGUCCACCAGCUGGUGCCCCUCCGAAUGGUUGCUGGAACUGUGGAGCUGAGUCAUUCCACCAACGGUCCGAAUGCCCAGCUAAUGGGAAAGAGUGUGGUUGCUGUGGAAAGAUCGGCCAUUUCAAGAAAGUAUGUUCUAAAAACGCACCUAAACCAGAGACGGCGGGUAGCAUCAUCAUCGGCUCCAUCAUGACGGGUGAGCUCCUAGAAGCCGAUGUUUCCCCCGCAGGCAGUGAUUCUCGCGUGACAGUGUCUUUUCUACCCGACACGGGCGCUUCUAUUGACGCCAUACCACAUCAACUUUACGAACAGCUGUUCUGCAAAACACCACUCCACCGCGCUCCUAGUCGAGCCAUAACAGCAACUGGUGAAGAAAUCAAGAACCAUGGCACCUUCCAGGCAACCGUUAAGUUAGGACAAACCGCCAAUAACCCAUCGUCGCUGAUUACCAUGCACGUACUAAAAGACCUCCGGCAGCCGGUGUUAUCAAAAGCAACGCAGAAGAAGCUUGGCGUUCUACCUUUGGACUACCCUUACUGGUGCGUCCAGUCAAUCCGCAUCAACGUUUCCCCUCAGCAAAAGGCCGAAAUGUUAAAAUCCCUAAUGGCUCCCCACCCUCUCAUCUUUGAUGGAGUUUGCCGCCCAAUGGCGGGACCUCCGUGCCAUUUUCAGCUGGUAGAGGGGGCGAUUCCAUCCGCAAUGAGAGGAUCACGACCAGUAGCUAUCCCGUUACUACCCAAGCUCAAAACAGAACUGGACAGCCUCGAAGAUCAGCUUGUCAUCUGCAAAGUUGUCGACCCCACAGCAUGGGUUCAGCCUAUUGUCAUCGCACCUAAAAAAGACGGUGGCAUACGCGUGUGUGUGGAUUUUACUCACUUGAACAACUUCAUCAUUCGGCCCAAAUUCGAGACGGCAACACCAUUCCAAGCGGUUCGGACAAUCCCAGCAGGGAUGAAGUUCUUUACUGUCAUCGAUGCCUUCAAAGGCUACCACCAGGUGCCGUUGGACGACGAAUCGGCGGCUAUGACCACUUUCUCCACGCCGUUUGGCCGUUAUAUCCCUUACGAACAUCACCGAAAUGCGCGCGUUCCACGGCCUCUGCCAACAGAUGGGCAACUUCUCGCAGAGUUUAGCAGCUACCCUCCUGCCGCUCACUCCCCUCCUCAAAAAGAUUACCAGUGGGAAUGGACAUCACACCACGAAUCCUCCUUCAAUGAGGCGCGCAAAGAACUUUCUUCAUCAGCGGAGCUCUCAUUUUACGAUCCAGCGCUUCCUACCGCCCUCCAUCUGGACGCCUCCCGCCUUCGUGGCCUCGGAUUUGUGCUUCGCCAGCAGAGCCUCGACGGAAAAUGGAAUGUAGUUCAAGCCGGGUCUCGAUUUUUAUCAGACGCCGAGACCCGCUACGCCAUGAUUGAACUAGAAUGUCUUGGCACAGCAUGGGCAAUGCAGAAAUGUCGGCAAUUCCUCGAAGGGCUACCGUCGUUUCUCCUCCUCACCGAUCGCCGGCCACUCAUCCUUAUUCUCAACGAGUACAGUUUGGACAAACUAGACAACCCCAGAAUCCUGCGCCUCCGUUUAUAA